AUGAAAGCGUAUAAAGAUAUAUUCCACUUACUUGUGGGGAAAGGCGCAGAUCUGUCCUUAGUGGAUGAAGAGGAAAAGACGAUUUUACAUAAGGCCUGUAUGGGAGGAAGUAUUGAGAUUGUUGAUUAUGUCCUUAGUGGUAAGCCUGUGGACAUAAACAUCAGAGACGACAAUGACGACACGCCAGUGAUGAUUGCAGCCAGAAAGGGACAUAAAGACGUCUUUGACCUACUGGUAAGAAAAGGAGCCGAUCUGACCCUAAAGGGCGACGAUGGCACUAUUCUGUACACGGCCUGUGAAGGAGGUGAUAUUGAAAUAGUUAAGUAUAUGCUUGGGCAAAACGUUUCAUCUAUUCACACAUGUGGCCCCGAAUGGUUCACACCAGUGCUAAAAGCAGCAAAUCACGGGCAUUGGGAAGUGUUUGAUUUGCUUGUUUUGAAAGAAGCCAGUCUUCUCGUAAAGUGUGAGAGCAUUGAAAACAUCCUACAUGCUGCCUGUACUGGAGGGAAUAUGAAAAUAGUGAAAUGUGUUCUUGAAAAGAAAAUUGUGAAUAUCAACAGUGAGGGAGUAUAUGGAGUGACUCCAGCAAUGGUAGCCGCUAGUCGGGGACACAAAGAUGUUUUCGACCUUCUGAUUGAGCAAGGAGCUGAUCUGUCAGUGGUGGACAAACAUGGCAGCAAUAUUCUCCACAAGGCCUGUGAAGGGGGUAAUAUAGAACUCAUUAAGUAUGUCCUCACAGAGGACAUUGUGGACAUCAACAGUCGGUCAAAUGAUGGGACAACAGCUGUGAUGGAGGCUGUUAAAUGUGGACACAAAGAGGUGUUACAUCUGCUGAGUAUUAACGGAGCCAAUAUGUCCACAACACAUAACUCUACUGGAUACAACAUUCUACAUUUUGCGCUUAUAUUUAAGCAAGGAGAGACUGCAAGAUAUAUCCUUACUCAGGACUUUGUCAGCAUCAACGUCACAAAUGGAAACGGAAUCACGCCAGUAAUGCUUGCUGCAUUGUGUGGAUAUAGAGAUGUGUUUGACUUACUUGUGAAGAAAGGUGCCGAUUUGACACAAGUGGAUGAUGAUGGCAACAGUAUCCUUCAUUUGGCCUGUACCGUCAACGUCCAGAUAGUGAAAUACCUCCUGUCCCAUAACACUGUGGACAUCAACACGAGGGGGAAAAAUGGUAGGACGCCACUUCUGGAGGCAGCAAACGAAGGAAAUGCUCUUACAUUUGAUGAACUUUUGAAGAAAGGAGCUAAUACGUCAAUGAAAGAUAAUGAAGACAACAACAUCCUUCAUUUGGCAACUACGGGAGGGUAUGCGGACCUUGUGAAAUACAUCCUUUCACAAGCGAUUGUAGAUGUGAGCGCCAAAAACAAAGAUGGAUAUAAUGCAGUGCAAAUAGCCGAAGGAGUGUUUCCUGCAAUUGUAAGUGUUCUUAAAAGGUAUUGA